CUCAUUCCUCAUCGUGCACGACGUCGAGCUGACACAUGAUGCGCUAUCUUUAUGGGAGCAGCUCUGUCUGCUCCGACAAGGUGAUGCCAGGAAGAGAUCAUGCUCUCGUCAAGGCUACUUUCUUCCGAGAGGGGGCUAUCACCUCGGCUUAUUGACACCAAACUGAUCGUCAAUCUUACAUGUUGGAAACAUGUUGGAAAUGGUCUGAUGUUCAUGGUCGAUUGCCAUCGAUACACUCCAAAUAGCGACACCAGAUGGUGUAGCGAUGGUUCAAUACGAUGAACCGUCUGCGGUACCCACAAAUGGGCAUACAUGCCAAGGGUGGGAAGAAGACCGGGCUGCAUCACCAGGAACCGAUGGACAGCCUCCGAGAUGUGCUAAACCCUUGAAGUCGCAGAUCCAGAUCUUCUUUCAAGAUGUCAAUUGGGCCAAGUCCGCCGCAGGGCCCAUAGCCGAUUGGGACACUGAACUCCGACACAUCUCUCGCUUCCUAUUAGCUGAUACAAGCCCGGCGGUACUGUUUUGGGGAGAUUCCUCUGCCGUUCUUUACAAUGAAGCGUAUCUACCUUUCUUGGGUCAGAGCCACCCCGAAGCGAUGGGGAUGGACGCCUCUGACAUUUUUACUCCGAUCUGGAGUCAAUUAGCUGGUGUCAUUUCUGAGCAACGUCGCACAGGCCGGACAGAAACAUGCACAGGUACCAUGUUGCUUGUAAAAAGAAAUGGCCGCCUUCGAGAGACGUAUUUCGACUGGAAACUAAUUCCCGUUACCGAUGACGACGGGGAGGUUAAAGGUUCUUAUGGAAUACCCUUAGACAGGACGCAGGAAGUUAUCUGCUCACGACAAAACGAUUGUAUUCAGCGACUGUCGCGUCACACAGGAACGGCGAGUAAUAUGAGGGACCUUUGGCACACCCUACUGGCUGGUCUCAGCCAUGACAACAAAGAUAUCCCAUUUGCUCUAUUGUAUUCACUAGACGAGCGGUUGAGUAUCAGCGCCGCACCAAGCAAACCUAGCUACCCAUGCCAUCUAGAAGGCACUAUUGGUGUAGAUACAGAUCGUGCUAUAGGGCAAGAGUACAUCGAUCUAUCAUGCGACAAGGAGGGAUUUGCGCCAACCAUGCUCAAGGCUCUCAAGAGCGACUCGAUGCUAAUAUUGCAUGCCGACGACCCAUCGCUACAUAAGCUACUCGACGGUACGGUAUGGCAACGACAAUAUCUGCCUUGCGAGCAGUUCGCCAUCGUCCCUAUCAAAGACGAUGGUAGGAUAGUCGCACUCAUGGUAGUAGGCCUCAAUCCGCACAGAGAAUGCAGCGAGCAAUUCUGCGAGUUCUUGCAACUCAUAGCAGACGUCACCGCGCCGCAGGUAUCACGGGCACGGCUGUCAGAAGAAGUCUCGCGUCACAAUGAAUUAGCCAAGCGGGCGCAAUUGGAUCGGAGGAGAAGCGAAAUGAGAUUUUCUCGAUUCGCAGAGUGGUCAAUCGUUGGCCUAGCUGUUACAGACGUGCAGGGAAAGAUUCUAUACGCAAACGAUGCUUGGUACAAGUUUUUCGGUUUGAGCCCUGCAGAACAGGAGAACUUGAGCUGGCUCGACAGCGUGGUCCCGGAAGACGUCAAUCUACUCCUAGAAUGGCAAAAGAAGGUCCUUGAUGAGAAAAAGGGGGGCACUUUUCAGAUUCGCUCCAAAGAACCAUUUCGUCGAGGCCAUAUGUAUUCAGAUCAUCGGACUGGUAUUUGCGCCUGUUAUUCGGAUUUAAACGAAUCCGAUGGGGUUGAUAGCAUUGUAAUAUUCACGAUGGAUAUAAGCGAGCUCAAGUGGACCGAGCAACAAUUGAUAUCACGAACUAAAGCACUGGAAGAGUCGGAGAAAAAAUGGCGGAAUUAUGCGGAACACUGUCCUCUUGGGAUUUGUCGAACCGAUGGACAGGGAUACGUCCAAUACGGAAAUAAUGCCUGGCAUUCCUUUUAUGGGUUCGGACCAGACGACGGCGACAUACCUAAUAUGCCACAACCGUGGUUACCUUGGGUUCGGAAUGAAUGCGUCCAGCCAUGCGAAGAAUUCUUUGCCAAGCUUCAGCAAAGUCCUGGUAUUGAAUCCGUUGAAUUUCAGUUGGUGGAUAAAACCUACACGAUCUCGGGCGGCGACAACACUGUGACGAACGGCGCUUAUGUUUCCGCGACGGGUUUCUCCGAGUUUAAAGACGAUGGAACUGUUGAUCAUAUUGAUUUCUGGGUAACAGAUAUCAGCGGGCAGAAAAUGGCCGUAAAAGUCCUAACCGACAAGAUGGAAGAAGCUAUCAGGUCUAAGACUCAGCAAGAACGUUUUAUGGACAUGAUCAGUCACGAGAUUCGCAAUCCACUAUCGGCGGUUCUUCAUUGUAGCGAAGAGAUUAUAGAUUCGAUCAAAAGGGGUUCCGCUACUCUCGAGUGGGCGUUUGACGACUUACCCAACUCCCACUCAACUAGUUGCGCAAGAGAUAUUCUGGAAGAACAGAUUAGAAAUGCCUUGGAUGCUGCUCAUACCAUUUCGUAUUGCGUGCAGCACCAGAAACAGAUCGUCGAUGAUGUUCUAACUGUUUCCAAGCUCGAUUCCGAUAUGCUCGUGGUGGCCCCUGUUCCAGUACAGCCGAUGACAUUGGUUCGCUCCUCCCUGAAAAUUUUCAAUGCUGAGCUUCGGAUGGGCGAUAUUAGACUCACGGUCAUCGAAGACGACUCACUUUCCGCAUUGGGUCUCGACUGGGUACUACUUGAUCCUAGCAGAUUCCUCCAGAUCGUCAUAAAUCUCGUCACCAACGCCAUCAAGUUUACGAAAAAGUCCAAAGUAAGAGAGAUUACUGUCACGGCGUCUGCUCUAGCGCACAGACCCUUUGAAAGCGACCUAGGUGUCGAAUUCGUCCCGCAGCGAUAUGCACCUGCUACCCCUGCAUCGGCUGUUAGCUUAGACACUGGGUUGAAAAAUGCCGGAGACCCAUUGUCAGAUAUCUUUCUCUGUUUUUGUGUCAAAGACACUGGAAAGGGUAUGACGGAGGAUGAGAAAACCCAGGUCUUCGAUCGCUUCGCUCAAGCGUCCCCGAAGACGCAUGUGGAGUACGGCGGGUCGGGCCUCGGCCUUUUUAUCUCUCGGCAGCUCACUGAAAUGCUCGGAGGUGAAAUAGGUAUGGAUGGCAGGCCUGGCUCGGGUUGCACAUUUGCGUUUUAUGUCAAAGCUCGGCGAUGUGAAUUGCCUAAGUCAUCACCGAAGUCUUCUGAGCCUGUCAUUAGACUAAGUCGGUCGCUUAGUCUUACAGCAAAUGGAACACCCGUCCCAUUAGAGGACGGCAUUGGCGAGGUACCUCCGAUUCCAGACGACCUACACGAUGAAGCUCGACAGAUCAGGGUACUCGUCGUUGAGGAUAAUCUAGUAAAUCAGAAGAUAUUAUGCAAGCAGCUACGAAAUCAUGAUUUCGUUGUACAAGCUGCCAACCACGGGAGGGACGCUUUAGAUGUCGUAAGGCAUACCAAAAUUAUUGAUGUGCCGGACGAAAAGGGCCCCUUUGACGUGAUAUUAUGCGAUAUCGAAAUGCCGGUAAUGGAUGGCAUCGAGUUCACAAAAGAAAUUCGGAGACUCGAAGUAGAGGGUGAGCUCGCUGGCCACAUUCCAAUUCUUGGUGUAACGGCCAAUGUGAGAGGUAAACAACUUAGUGGUGCUAUUGAAGUUGGUAUGGAUGGCGUGACAACAAAACCUUACAGAAUCGAGGAGCUCAUUACGCAUAUUAGAGGAAUUUGCGCUAAAUGAUAAGUGGCGACGAUCGCGUAUUAAAUGUCAUACCGGCGCAAUUAUGGGAAUAUUUAUGUUUUCAAGGGGUGAAGCGGAUUAUAUAUGCGAGG